UUUUUUUUUCUUGUUCUUUACAAGUCCAAAUGACGGAUAAACUUCCUCCUAAUCUUCUUAAAUUAUUUGCACCUCGUCCACCUUUAUCUUAUCUUCCUCCGCUCGACAAGGAUCCAGAGAAACGCGUGGGUUGUAUUGUCGAUGGCAUCGCGUCUUACGUGGAUCAACUCAAGCAUUAUGAUGAAGGUUAUGUGCCAUGGAAGACAUUGGAAGAAAAGCGCAAAGAAAAAGCAGAAGCAAAGAGAAAACAAGCUGAAGAAAACUUGAGACAAAAGUUGGCUGAAUAUGAUCCCGAAAAGGAUCCUCAUAUUGAUGGCGAUCCAUUCAAUACCUUGUUUGUCACUCACUUGAGCCCUGAAUUAACUGAAAGUGAUUUGGCUAGAGAAUUUGAAUUAUAUGGACAAAUCAAAAAGAUUCGCCUUAUUCGCGAUAAAGAAGGCAAGUCUCGUUGUUAUGCUUUUAUAGAAUUCGAAAGAGAAAAAGACAUGCGAGCGGCAUACAAGGAUGCAGAUGGCUUAAAGAUCUUGGGCCGUCGUAUCUUGGUAGAUGUUGAGCGUGCUCGUACUGUCAAGGGAUGGAAACCUCGUAGAUUAGGUGGUGGUCUUGGUGGCAGAGAACAGCAACAAAAGAAAGCAGCCAUCAUGCAACAUCAUAACAGCAGUAAUAGUCGUGAUAGAUAUCAUGACCGUGAUCGUGGACAUAAAGGUUAUGGAUACAGAGAGGACAGAAAACGACCUCGUAUGCGUUCAAGAAGUAGAUCUCCAAGAGGUUAUAACAGAGAUCGAGGUGAUAGAUAUGCAGGUGGUGGUCGUAGAGAUAGAUCAAGAGAUCGUAUGGGUAGAAGAGAUAGAUAUUAAGUUUCUAUUUACAUAAAAUAUAUCCUUUUUGUUGUACAAGGAAAGAAAGUGGGGGGUAAGCCAUUUGAAAGACGAGGAAAUAAAAAGUCAUCUAUUUUUUUUU